AUGCUAACCCUGAUCUGUCGCCUGCUCUGUUCGGUUGGGCCGUCUGAAGGAUUUGGUUUUGGAGGUCGGGCUCAGAUGCGGGGCUCUUCUGGUUCGGGUCGUGGGGCGGAGCUAAUCGAGGGAGAGGCUGGGUGCACCGAUCUCGGUCCUGGUAGGGUCUUUGCCUCAUCUGAUGUCCCCCUCUCUUCGGCUGGUCGGGACCGGGAUUCUGCACUCGCUGAGCAGCACCGGAUUCUGCUUCGUCCUUCUGUUUUCGGCAAGGUCUCAUCCGGUCAGCCACAGACAACCUCCACUCGCCACCCCUGCUCCGUCGCCGCCGACAAAUUAAAACUCCGCCACUCCGGCAGCCUUGAUGUUUUCUUCGAUCAAUUGGAGGCCAUCAAGGACAAGAUCGCGGCCAGAAGACCAUCCACAGCCGCAUGUUCUCCUCCCAACUCUCAACACCUCCGCCGAUUUCAAGGACCUUUGGUCGGGAAUUCACACCUAAUAAAAUCCCGCUUCAAGUCCCUGGACUGGACCAACGUCGUCGGUCGCCACCUCCCUAGGUUCAGUCUCGGCAGCUCCUCCGAUCGGACACGAACCUUUGUCGUCGACGGCAUCCAGAGGAAACUCCAUGAGUCGAUGGCCUGGUUCAACGAUCUGUGGGAGAUAAUCGGGGCUGAGUACGGGGAGACGGUGUGGCGGAAAAUACUUUACCUUGAACGGCGGCAGCGAAGGGGCGAGGUGGUGGAGGUGACGACGGAGCUCUGGGAGAGGCACGUGGAGGCAGUAAAGUUAGAGAGGUAG